GGACUAUUUAUUUGGUUAAAAAGUUGAAUUCUUUGAUUUGUUGAUAAUAUGGUGGCAGAUAUGCAGAGCUGUCAGUACUCUAACGCACUGUCGAGUGCUUCACAUAUCAUAAACUAUCAAGAAUUCAAUUCUUCAAACCCAAUGCCUGCCAACAGAGCCAUUGGUGCCGACAAUAAUGAUUUGACCGGUAAUAUAAAUAACUCGUGGAUUCAGUCGUCAACAUAUGAUCCAAACGAAAGGGACAGCUCUUCACUCGACUCGAUUCCCUCUCCAAUUGGAUCUCAUUUUGCAGAUCAACACAAUUAUCACAUCGCGGGAAGCGGUGAACGAAACUCUUCACAAUCUAACGGAUCGGAUGAUUGUGUUGGACAGGAGAGUCGAAAGUGUCUGCUGUGGGCCUGUAAGACAUGCAAACGAAAGUCGGUGUCUAUUGAUCGCAGAAAAGCUGCCACAAUGAGGGAAAGGAGAAGAUUAAGGAGAGUGAACGAGGCUUUUGAAGUGUUGAAGAGGAGAACGUGUUAUAACGCGAACCAAAGGCUACCAAAAGUGGAAAUACUUCGGAGUGCUAUCGAAUACAUCGAGAAUUUGGAGGAUUUGUUACAACAGAACAACAAUAAUAAUAAUAUAGGAAACGGUUCACAACUAACCGGUCGCUCAUCUCUGCUAAACUCGAGCUCAAUGUUUGCCAUAAAUCACUCGCGAGGAUCACAUAUGAGCUCACAAUACACUGUAAGAUCCAUUGACUAA